AUGGAAAAUACCAUAAAACUUGAGAAACUCACCCAAAAGGUUGCAAGAGACUUCGGCUCGUUCGAGUUGCACAAGGAAAUCUAUGAGUUGUCCGCAAAGAUGAAGCGUAGCAAAUUACGCGUUCCGCUGUCCGUGCUCACAUAUGCCAUCAAGAACAUCAUACAUCCCACGUUCAUCCACGCCCAAAUUCCGGACGCCCUGGAGCUUCUGGCGUGCGUCGAACGAGUUCGGCAGAGUACAGUGCAAGAGACUCUCUAUGCGCUCUCUCUUAACAAUGAACACGCUCAGAAGGACGCUCACGUCAGACUGCUCGGAGACGACGACUCCGAACGACUGAACCGGAUCGCGUCAGAGAAAGAUGCGCUUAAAAUCCGGCACUCUUACGUGACGAUAACAUGCCAGCUCUGCUUUUUGCAUAUACGGAACUUGUGGACAUCCGCACAAUGGGUCUCGAUCAAACAAACCAUGGAUGCUUACUUUCCUGACCCGGACAACGCGGCGAACUGGAAGAGCAAGCGGGCCAGCUGGCACGACGGUAUCUCGGAGGUCGAGCUCGAGAAGUUCUUGCGGUAUCGAACCAAAUGCAGGAGGUUCAUCGGGAGCGUCGGCCAGUGGGAGGAAAAGAACGCGGACAGGUUCAACGAACUGGGCAUCGAGCCGUCGGAAGCGUAUGCCAUCCCCGAGUUGUAUCAAGACUGCCAAAAGGCUUUGGGAGUGCACGCAGGACCCAGCGACGAAAACGUGCUGAAAGACCUGGAGCAGUACUUGGCCGAUGUCGAAUCCAUGCACGAAGAGAUUAUCACCAUGUUUCAAGACGAUUGA